GUUCCAUAGAACAUCUAGCGGGAGCUACUCCAUCUUUCUUUCAAACGGCAUCACGGUGAGAAUCUGCUGUGGGCACCCAUCCUCCAUCUCUUUCGCCCUCGUGCAGAGUUUCGAGCUGUUUGCGAGUUGGAAGAGCCGCAUCGAAUCAUGAAGUUGCCUCGUCAUACUAACCACCGACGGUGAACUUUCACUUUCUUAUACGUAUUUCUAGGAACCAUCGUCUUGACCAUCUUGCGCAACAAUCAACAUGAGUGUAUGUAUCGCAUCGCUGGCUUUCUUGAUAUCCAGACCACUCACGGACUUCCAGUUCCUCGACUCCGUGCUCACGUCUAUCGAGACGGGCAAACCGUCUCCCAUCCCGCCCCCAACUCCAGCGAUACGGCAGCCAUCGGUGUCUAUUACAUCAGCCUCUAAAGCAAGUUCUGAGAUUCGCAAUACUAACCUGCGGCCUCGUGUUGUGUCGUUAGAAGGCGGAAACACUAGCGCGGGGACAAAGCGGAAAGCUGAGGAACAGCUACGCCGUCCCUCGAAGCCCGGAAGCCAGCCCACGGGAUCGGCUAAUUCAAAGCCUACUGCGGUGGCCCCUAAGUCUCGCACGGUUGCUACGACGGCAGGGCUGAAACAGGCUACAAAACCUACAUCCGACAACGUCACAUCAACAGCUUCGAAAAUGGCACCUUCGAGAGCUCCCCCAAAAGGAUCAUAUGCGGAUCUUAUGAAGAAAGCGAAAGAAUUGCAACAGAAGGCCCCUAUGACAGUAGGCAUGUUUAAGCAUCAAGCUGCUCCUAAAGAAAAGCUGAGCAAGACGGAACGCAAACGACGUGCUUUGGAGACUCAAGUCAAAGAGAAAGGUUCCAAAUUGGUCGGUAGGGGCUCCGCAAUUUCUCGUGCAGGAGUUGAAGGCAAGGCCGGUAUUGUGAGUCCUGGAAAAGGGAGAACUCCGGAUGAAACCAGCUACAAAGGCACUGCACGGUCAAGUCAACCUCCACCACAGCCUGAGUACCGAGGAACAGCGGGUUUACCAAGCAAACGAGGUCUAGACAGCAUGAGGGGACAGUACCGGUACGGCAGGCGGUCCAGGAUGGACGAGUAUCUUGGGACAGAUGAAGAAGACGAGGGUGACUACGCAGACGACUACGAUGACUAUUAUUCCGAUGAUUCAGACAUGGAAGCUGGGCUAGAAGAUGUGGAACAAGAGGAACAGGAGGCUCUGAAAGUCGCGAGGAGAGAGGAUGAAGAGGAAUAUCGUGUGGAGCUUGCUGCUAAGAAGGCAAAGAUGGAACGUCAGAAGAAACUGGCCGCACUGGCAACAAGGAGGAGGUGAUGUAUGGAUCGAUCUGUUCCCCACUAUUUUGUUUUUACCAUUCUUCUGGAUUCGGAACUUUGGCGUCGCAUAUCCAGGGAUGCACUACCUAUUAUUUCCGAUCACUCUGCCAUUGUUCUCUGUCUAUUAUUUACAAGCAUCAGCGAGCGUCCAAGGUGUCGAUAGAAGGCGGACAGGGCAGACUUUGCUUUUCAUUACCAUUGGGAAAGCGGGCGUUAUCAUCGGAAAUUGUUGUUUUGAGUCUUUGGCAGGUUUAAUUUAAUAUCAAUUAUUAGUACUCGCA